AUGUCGAUGCUCAAGAAUUACCUCGGACUUGGGGAAACAGAGGCACGUCCCACCUCUGCCGACAAUUCCCCAGUUCACCCUCUCCCCGCCUCGUGGUAUUCUUCACAGGAUAUACAUGAAUUUGAGCGACGCGCCAUCUUCAGUCGGAAAUGGCUUUUAACCACACACAAAUUGCGUUUCGCCAAAACGGGCGACUGGCUCCGUUACAAUAUCGCCGGGUACGCUUUCAUUUUGGUGAAAGACCGCGAGGGAAAUGUCAAUGCUUUCCACAAUGUCUGUCGGCACCGUGCAUUCCCAGUGGUUACCGAAGAGGGUGGCACCUCCCGGAUUUUCUCUUGUCAAUAUCACGGAUGGUCCUAUGGCCUUAAUGGCAAACUUGCCAAGGCACCCGGGUACCAAGAGGUGGAGGGUUUCGAUAAGAGCAAGAACGGCCUGCUUCCCAUCCACGUUCAUAUUGAUGCCAACGGUUUCAUCUGGCUCAAUUUAGAUGCUGGCGAGGAACCCGAGAUUUCCUGGGAAGAUGACUUCAAAGGAAUCGACCUACAGCCACGUUUCGAGGGGUUUGACUUCGAGGACUAUAACUUCGAUAGCACCUGGGAGAUCACCGGAGAGUACAACUGGAAGAUCAUGGCAGACAAAUAUAACACGGCUCACUCUGACGUUCCCUCGGGUUCCGAUCUCAGCUCAUAUGCCGUGGAUGGCAAAUCCACAUCCGAGGAGAUUGCCAAUGGGCUGAAGACUGCCACCACUUACUAUUUCCCUAAUGCUGCUAUGACCGUCUCACCCCACUUCUUCUUCAUGCAGCGACUCGUGCCGACGGGUCCCACCACAUGCUCAGUGCGCUGCGAAGUCUACCGCAACAAGAACUCUAGCGAUGAGGAGUUUGAAACCAUCAACGAAGUGUACAAGCGUAUUAUUUCCGAACGCAAAGAUCUCUGCGUUGAGACACAAAAGAAUAUAACCACCGGAGACUUUGCGAAUGAGCAACCCCACUCUACGGGAGAGGGACUGGUCCACUUCCAGGCUGUUGUUCGUGACUUGAUCACAGAGCAUCAUAAGCGGGAAGAGGAUGCAGGGGAGGAAUUCUGGCCUGCACGACAAAGACUCCCCAAGGACGAGGCAGUCAGCAAAGAUGAUAUGGACUUCUGCUCUAAGCUGACAACAAAGGACGGAUCAGCGUUGGCUGGGGGUUGUUGUGGAGGAGGAUGUGGGGGUGGACCUCCCCUGCGGGAAGCGACGGCGCCUGAGACUAUGGUGGUUUAA